AUGUACAGACCAUCUGCUAGAACUCUUCAAUCCUCCUUCUCUGCCGCUCAGAAGCGCUCCGUCUCUACCCUCAAGGAGGCCCUCAAAGAGGUCAUCCCUGCCAAGGUCGAGCUCUUCAAGAAGGUCAAGUCCGAGUACUCCCAGAAGUCUCUCGGUGAGGUCAAGGUCGAAAACCUCCUCGGUGGUAUGCGUGGCCUUAAGGCUAUGCUCUGGGAAGGUUCUGUCCUCGACGCUAACGAGGGUAUCCGCUUUCACGGCAAGACCAUUAAGGAGUGCCAGGAAAUCCUCCCCAAAGCUAAGGAGGGCGGUGAAAUGCUCCCUGAGUCUAUGCUCUGGCUCCUUCUUACCGGCAAAGUCCCCUCUGUCGAGGAGGCCCACCAGCUCUCUCGCCAGCUCGCUGAGGCUGGUGAGCUCCCCGAGUACGCUUCCAAGCUCUUGGACUCUCUCCCAAGCACUCUCCACCCCAUGACCCAGUUCGCCAUUGCUGUCUCUGCCCUUAACCACGACUCCCAGUUUGCCAAGGCCUACGAGAGAGGUAUCCCCAAGAACCAGUACUGGGAGUACACUUUUGACGACUCUUUGGACCUUAUUGCUAAGCUCCCCCAGAUUGCCGCCAAGAUCUACCAGAACACUUACCUCGGUGGUGGUGCCCUCCCUGGCUCCAUUGACCUUAACCGUGAUUGGUCUUACAACUACGCUGCUAUGAUUGGCAAGCAGGAAGAGACUGGCUUCAUUGACCUUCUCCGUCUUUACUUUGCCCUUCACGGUGACCACGAGGGUGGUAACGUCUCUGCCCACGCUACCCACUUGGUUGGCUCUGCCCUCUCUGAUCCUUACCUCUCUUACUCUGCUGGUCUCCAGGGUCUUGCUGGUCCUCUCCACGGUCUUGCUGCCCAGGAGGUUCUUCGUUUCAUUCUUGACAUGAAGACCAAGAUCCCUGAGAACUACACUGAUGAGGACAUCAAGACCUACCUCUGGUCCGUUCUCAACUCUGGCAGAGUUAUUCCUGGUUACGGCCACGCCGUUCUCCGUAAGCCCGAUCCCCGUUUCGAGGCCCUCAUCAACUUUGCCAAGGAGAGACCCGAUGUUUCUUCUGACCCCGUUGUCGAGCUCGUCCUCCGUAACAGUGAGGUUGCUCCUGGUGUUCUUCUUGAGCACGGUAAGACCAAGAACCCCCACCCCAACGUGGACUCUUCUUCCGGUGUCUUGUUCCACCACUACGGCAUUACCCAGACCCUUUACUACACUGUUACUUUCGGUGUUUCCCGUGCCUUGGGUCCUCUGCCACAGCUCAUCUGGGACAGAAUCCUUGGUCUGCCCAUUGAGCGCCCCAAGAGUUUGUCUCUUGAGAAGAUCAUUGAGCUUGCCAAAUAA